AACAUCUUUCUCACACACAAACCCUAUUUUCAAACUGCACAAGGCAGAAACCUCGGUAGCCAAUGUGCAAUAUUACGACAAAGAUCUCUUAGUGUAGAUUACGACGAAGAUUCUAAACCUCAACAUGUCGGAUUCUUAUGCUAGUACCUUUCACUCUCCCACUCCAAACGUCACCCAUGCUACCUCCAAACUCACCACAUUAUGCUCAAUAGCUCAACCUUAUUGUAUUUGCACUCACUGUAACCACAUCCUCUCCUUCAACCACCAUGUUGGUAAUGCAACAGAGGAAGGGACAAAUAACACAGGGUCCCAUGUUCAGUCCCAGCAAAGCACGAGGUGGAGUCCAACGCCAGUUCAGUUACUGGUCCUUGAGGAAUUGUAUAGGCAAGGCACUAAAACACCAUCAGCUGAACAGAUUCAGCAAAUAGCUUCACAGUUGCGCCAGUUUGGGAAGAUUGAAGGGAAGAACGUGUUCUACUGGUUCCAGAAUCACAAGGCGAGAGAGAGACAGAAGAGGCGCCGCAGGGAGAUGGAGGAAAAUAAUGCCGCUUCUUCUAGCGAAGGGUUGAAAGAGACAGGUUGUGGAGUUAAAGAGACAAAGAAGUGGGCAUCCACUUCAAACUGCAGUCGACAUGCAGAGGAAUCUGCCGCACUGGAUAUAGCAGAAAAGGGCUCUAAUGGGUGGACUCAGUUUGAGGAGAGAGGCAUACAAGUUUUGAGGAGAAACAUAUCAGAAAGAAGGUUGCAAUUGCAAGAUAACAUGGAAAUUCCUUGUUUCCCUCCCACUACUAUGGCAGCUGCUCUCGCAACCUCACACAGAACACUUACCACACAACUUUUAAUCCCUCAAAGUUAUAACAGAGAAACUUUAAACUACUAUGAUGGAGAAAAUGCAGAUCCUCGAACCCUCGACCUAUUUCCACAUAAGAACGAUGACCAAGAUGGCAUAUGUCUUGCUGAGAGGAAAUCCAUGUUCUGUGCCAGUGCUUCUAUGGACACUGAUAUCACCUCCAGCCAGUUUUUUGAGUUUCUUCCUUUAAGAAACUGAGUGUGAUUUUUAUAAUACAUGAUGUUUAACCAAAAAUAAUUGGCUGUAAUGAAUAAUAUAUA